AUUCCAACCGCUCCAGGCAGUCCCCCGCCUCAAUCCACACCGCGCUACCGCGUCCGACAGCGGCGAGACUCACCGCGAAACACAUCGCCAGGAGUACGAUACCGUCUCCGCCGUGCGCUAGCAUACCUGGAACCAACCGAACCGUGUCCUACCCCGCGACCAGACGUCUCUGCAAUGGAUAGCGUGCAGGGCCUCGAUAUCAACAAACGGGCGGUGAUUUACGUCCAGCAGCAACAGCAGCAGCAUCGAAACGCCUCAUCUAGCACCACGCCUGCCAUGCCCCCGAGGAACGCUCUCGCCGUUGAAUCUUUGAAGUCAUGUGGCUGGGCGAAACACGGAUCUGCUCGAGACGCGGCGGUUGCUCUCCAGAUCGCUGCGCGGACCAGUCUUGUAGCUGAGGAGGAGGAGGAGGGGUUCGAGCGCGGAGUGGGCGAGCGUUCAUCCUCACUAUCCCAGUUACCCCCAGGAGCCCGGCCAGCGAGUUCAUACUAUCUUCGUGGCUUUGGUGCACGUGUUAGUGACACUACGUCCUCCUCGCGAUGCUCGCCAGUCAGCUAUCUCGACUGUGAAUUCGUCUCCUCACACUACGGCCCUGAGACGAAAACGAUCCAUGUUAUGCCGCAGGGGGUGCACUCGAAGCUCAUCGCCGGCCUGACGAAACCGCCCUCCCCGCUCACUAAAUGCUACGCGCCUACUCCUGCGGGUGAAAGAGUCCCCACGCCCAGUCCGGUUGCAAACACGACUUCCCUCCGACCCCACGGCGCACCCCAACGCUACCACCCCCGCACCAAGACGCACACCACGCCCAUCUCCGAGAUCGUAGUCGGAAACACGUCUCACAAGCGGGGCAUCUUCGAGUCCCCACCACGCCUUGCCAGCGCCGGCGCACCGUAUGCGUCGAACACACUGGGCAAUGAGUCCGUUCCGAUGCGGAAGUUCACGCUCACGGGGAAUCCGAGGGUCUGCGAGCCGUCGGUUUACGAGCACAAACGUACUUGUUCGGGGACUUCGUCGGUCGAUAGGACGUAUGUGCCACAUAGACGCACUGAGUCUUUGUGUUCGGUACCACCUGUUGUGCCGUGUCGGAGCCGCGAGCGCGUCGUGUCGGAGUCGUCGUGUAAGCAGGGACAGGGGCGUAUUAUUUCGGGGCAGAAUGUGUACGACGACCAGACGUCGGCGUCAUCGAGUAAAGAGGAUCUUUUGAUCAUGGCGCCCAGAGGUCUCGAGACAACCUCGAUAUCCACUGCAGUGACACACCAUACCGCGAAUAACCCCUACGCCACGACUUCACCGCCCGCAGAAACGCAGCACAGUCUGCACCCUGGGUUUGUAGAUGUUGAACCAGAUCCCAACCCGUCGCCACAACCAGACCCUGAGCCCAUCUUACACAACUAUGAAAGCUUCCCGGUAGAAACCCACGAGGUGAUGCUCCAAAACUCCCAGGUAUUCGCGCUAACCCCAAUCGAAGCGCGCCAUUUCUACCCCCUGGGCAGAUUUGUGCAAGCUGGACGCGAAUACAAUGUCGUCGUGCGGGACUUUGCAUUUCCGCCAGGGAUCGCGGGGACGGACUCGCCGCCGGAAGAGGAAGAAGAAGAACCUGAACCUGAGUCGGAGAGUCUGGCAGCUGAUCAGGAGAAGCACGUCCACUUUGCGUCCAGGUCACAGCACACACCGUCGAUGCGCUACCGCUGGCUGUCUGCGGAUUUAACCGGGUCACCGAUUGAUUUUGGCGAUUUUGACGCAGUGGAGGCGAAGAUGGAGGAGCGACGUGCGGCUGAAGAGAUGAGAGGGGGUGGGGUGGAUGGUAAAGUGGCGUCUUGGCUACGACAGACGGUGUACUCGCCCAAUACUGCUGCGGUGAUGAGAAGGGGUCCGGAAACGAAUGAAACGAAUGAGAACGGACGAACGUUGCCCGUGCUGCCGGCGACGGUGUAUAGACUGCACCCCACCGUACCCAGCGUGAGCCAAGAGGGGAGGGGAAAUAGUUUGGGGAAGAACACGAUACGGGCCAUUCACCCAACCACUAUCUCCAAACCUCCUCUUCCCGCCAAAGAUGUCGACAGCGGCCGUGGAAGUUGGGACGCAGGCCAAGAUGCUCAACCUCCCAAUUUUCCUACUCCUCCUCCAGAACUCGCUGAAACAUCGGGAACACCACCCCAAGACACCCAACACAAACCCUCCUUCCCCCUCAUCCGCGGGGCACCCCACAAGAUCCGGAACGUGUUCGCGGCGCGCCGGGGCAUUGCAAACGACGAGCAUGUGACUACACCUCCAGUUCAGAUUUCCAGACGGCGGGUUUCGAGCGCGCCAAUUUUGCCUUCGAAUCCAGGGGACGUGGAGAAGCAGGAGGAAGGGCGUAAGGGUUGGCCUUCGUUGGGACGGCUUGCAAGACAGGUUAGGCGGUGUAUGCCGCUGCGGAAGAGGGAGCGAGAGGGGGUUGUGGGUUGAGACUUUGGUCUGAGGGUAGUCAGGAUUUAGAAGGGGAAGUUUGUGGGGAACGGGAGAGUUGUGAAUGUCCCUUGUUGGGUUGUGUAUGGAUGAAUUUGGUUGCGCAAGUAUUUGGAAGAAUUGUGAGGGUUUCGAGAGGGAAUAUGGAUAGAUGGUUAAUGUACUGUAAUGAUUUAGUUUCGCUGUUCUGAACUUGCUA